UCCGCAGAGCUGUCGGCUUCCUAGCGCUCUGCUUCAAAGCUGGAGGCCCUGGGCUAGCUGGCAUGCACAGCGAGCACCAUUUUGUGUGCUCGGGGCAGGCAGAAAACCCCAUGUUGCGUAAUGAAACCUCGCAUCACACGUUUGCUGACAGCUUUUUGAAUGCAGAGGUGGUGAAAUACUUCUGCAGGUGGUAGCACCAGCAAAGGAAGCAGCUGAGCCUUGCCCAGCCAGAGGGUAGGAGUGCAGCCAGGCCGUCUUUUACCUGGGUGUAAAAGCAGAAGGAAGAUGGGAGGUAGAAGAGGACACGGUUGUGAAUGGGAUGCCCUCCCAUCACAGCAGACAUCUCUCCAGGGGAAGACUGGCAAUGAAGAGAAGCUAUGAAGGGAACUUCUGCAUAGAAGGCAGACACAAGACUCCAGUAACGAUGUCGAAGCACCACGAUGCGGGGACUGCUUUCAUCCAGACCCAGCAGCUGCACGCUGCCAUGGCGGACACCUUCCUGGAGCACAUGUGCCGCCUGGACAUCGACUCCGAGCCAACCAUUGCGAGGAACACCGGCAUCAUCUGUACCAUCGGCCCAGCCUCCCGCUCCGUGGAGAAGCUGAAGGAAAUGAUUAAAUCUGGAAUGAAUGUUGCCCGCCUCAACUUCUCUCACGGCACCCACGAGUAUCAUGAGGGCACAAUCAAGAACGUGCGAGAAGCUACAGAGAGCUUCGCCUCUGAUCCGAUCACCUACAGACCUGUGGCUAUUGCACUGGAUACCAAGGGACCUGAAAUCCGAACUGGACUCAUCAAGGGAAGUGGCACAGCAGAAGUGGAACUCAAGAAGGGUGCAGCUCUUAAAGUGACCCUGGAUGAUGCCUUCAUGGAGAAAUGUGAUGAGAAUGUGCUGUGGCUGGACUACAAGAAUCUCACCAAGGUUGUAGAAGUUGGCAGCAAAAUCUACGUGGAUGAUGGUCUCAUUUCCUUGCUGGUUAAGGAGAAAGGCAAGGACUAUGUCAUGACCGAGAUCGAGAACGGUGGCAUGCUUGGCAGCAAGAAGGGCGUGAACCUCCCUGGUGCUGCGGUUGACCUGCCUGCCGUCUCUGAAAAGGACAUUCAGGACCUGAAAUUCGGUGUGGAGCAGAACGUGGACAUGGUGUUUGCAUCCUUCAUCCGUAAAGCUGCUGAUGUCCAUGCUGUCAGGAAGGUGCUAGGGGAAAAGGGAAAGAACAUCAAAAUCAUCAGCAAGAUUGAGAACCACGAGGGUGUGCGCAGGUUUGAUGAGAUCAUGGAGGCCAGCGAUGGCAUUAUGGUGGCCCGUGGUGACCUGGGAAUUGAGAUCCCUGCUGAGAAAGUUUUCCUUGCCCAGAAGAUGAUGAUUGGGCGCUGCAACAGGGCUGGCAAACCCAUCAUUUGUGCCACUCAGAUGCUGGAAAGCAUGAUCAAGAAACCUCGCCCAACCCGCGCCGAGGGCAGUGACGUUGCCAACGCUGUCCUGGACGGAGCGGACUGCAUCAUGCUGUCCGGAGAGACCGCCAAGGGAGACUACCCGCUGGAGGCUGUGCGCAUGCAGCACGCUAUUGCCCGCGAGGCCGAGGCCGCCAUCUUUCACAGGCAGUUGUUUGAGGAACUGCGUCGUCUGACCUCCCUGAACUGCGAUCCUACUGAGGCCGCUGCUGUUGGCGCUGUGGAAGCGUCCUUCAAGUGCUGCAGCGGGGCCAUUAUUGUCCUCACCAAGUCUGGAAGGUCAGCGCACCUGGUGUCCCGGUACCGCCCGCGGGCUCCCAUCAUCGCUGUCACCCGCAAUGACCAGACGGCGCGCCAGGCCCACCUCUACCGGGGCAUCUUCCCUGUCCUGUGCAAAGAGCCGGCCCAUGACGCCUGGGCAGAGGACGUGGAUCUCCGCGUGAACCUGGGAAUGAAUGUUGGCAAAGCGCGUGGAUUCUUCAAGAGCGGCGACCUGGUGAUCGUGCUGACCGGCUGGCGCCCUGGCUCUGGCUACACCAACACCAUGCGGGUGGUGCCCGUUCCCUGAAGCGCUGCCUCAACCAGCACCGUCUUCCUUCCCCCCGCUCCCCCUCCCCGUGCAUUAGGCCAGCAGUCGCUUGCGAUGUUCUCCUUGUCUCUAGAGUUGGAUUUAGGUUGCUCCACACCACCGAGUGCAGCAGCAGGGGGAAGAAACCUUCCAUCACUACCGAUACUUGAAGUGUUUAGUUUUUUUCCACCCUCUCCCCGUAGUUUCUCUGUCGGAGCAGGUUCGGGAGGGUCCUGCAUGCUGAUGGGACUCUGCUCCUCCACCUCCCCGUAGCCUAGUGCCUGUCCUCAGGGUGUGCCGUGCCUCUCCUUGCCCUCGUAGUGGGUGAUGGGGAAGGGAACAGGCGCGGUGUGGUGAACGGUUCCGCUGUAACACUCAGCAGCUCCCCUGCCUUGUGCCCGCAGCAGCACCAGCGCCCUGCGGCCCUGCACCUCAUGUGGUUUGGUCCCCGUGUGCUCGGGGUCUGGGUGGCCUCGGCACACCCCGACCCCGUGCUCGGGGCACGCUGCUAUUUGUCCCCGUGGGGGGGACUCGAGGCUGCCGCGGGCUCGUGGACGCGCUUCCCUCGCCGUGUCGCAUCCGUGCGUGUCGUCGCCUUCCCCCGAGUCUCUCCCUGCCCCUGUGUCCGGGCGCUGCGCACUCCCGCGGGUGUACGGGGCCGCGGGGCGCCGCCGCGCACGUCAAUAAAGAGCUGAGCACCCCUGCA